CCCAAGGCAGCCCAUGGCUGGACCCUGCUCCGCGCGGGUGCUGCAGGGCGAAGCGGCCGCCUUCACUGCUGCCCUCCGCACCCUGGUCAACAACCCGCAGUUCAGUGACGUGACAUUCGUGGUGGGCCAGGAGCAGCAGAAGGUGUUUGCACACCGCUGUGUUCUGGCGUGCCGCUGCCAGGCAUUCCAGGGGAUGCUCAGCCAGGGGCCUGCGGGCAGCGAGGACUCCCCCAGCAGCAUCCCACCCCAGGGACCCUUCAUCCUGGGCAAUGUGCAGCCAGAGGUCUUCCUGGCCGUCAUCGAGUUCCUCUACACCAACAGUGUCACCCUCAACAGCCACAUCGCGCUGGAGGUGCUGACUUCAUCAGUGGAAUAUGGUCUGCAGGACCUAUGCAAGCUCUGCAUCAAGUUCAUCAAGGACACGCUGAGCGUGGAGCAGGUCUGCGAGGCCCUGCAGGCUGCAGUGACCUACGGGCAGACAGACCUCCAGCAGCACUGCCUGGCCUUCAUCGAGGGCUGCACUGCGGCAGUGCUGCGGACACAGGGCUUCCACGAGCUCUCUGAUGCGGUGCUGACGUGGGUGCUGCGCAGUGACUGCCUGGCCGUGGACGAGCUGGACCUGGUGCAGGCUGUGCGGGAGUGGGCACACGUCAGCUCGGCUGUCCUGGAGCGCCCGGUGUCAGAGGUGGCUGCCCUGCCUGUGCAGGAGCUGCGCCUGCCCCUGCUGGCACCCAGUGAGCUGGCAACGCUGGAGAGCCAAAACCAGAGGGAUCUGCUCAUCCCGGCAGAGAGCAUCGCGGCAGCCUGGCGGUCCCAUGCCCUGAAGAAGGGCAGUGGGGUGCCUUCCCACCUCUGCCGGCCCCGGCGUGGCACACGGCCCCGCGACCACCACCGUCACCUGGACCCACACGCCAAGUAGGGGCUUGGGCAGCGGCAGCGCCCCCCGGUGCCCUGGGGUAGGGUGCGGGCCUGGGCACUGCCAGGGGUGCCACCGUGGCUAUGAGCAUCUGUAAACCUCUUUGCCCCAUGCCACAGCUCCAGGGUCAGGGCAGGAUUCCUGGUUCACCCGAAGAAGUGGUGCAGGGAAUGGGGGGCUGGAGCUGGGCUGUGCGGUGGGUGUGAGGACCCCCAUACAUCCCUGUGACGCAGUUGGGGGGGGCUGCAGGAAGGGGUCCCUUGCGGGAUGGGGAUACAGGGUGAGCCCCACUUUCCCCAGCCCCACUGCUGCCCCCAACCGGGCUCUGCGCUGGACCCUUCGCCGGGGCCGUGCUGCCCCCCUGCGGCAGCGGGGCUGUGCUGCAGCGGGCAGCGAGCACCGCGGCAGGGCCACAUCCCCUCCAUGCACCGGUGUGGAAGGAACUGAGCAAGAUGGGGAACCUGGGGCUUAAGAGUGAGGGCAGAUCCCGGCAUCUCUGCACCCACCCAGCACCAACACCAGUGACCCCCUCUCCAAGCCCUGCCAGCAUCCCCAGCUCCUUAUAGCUCUGGACACACACACCACACUGCCAGCCCCCCAUGUGCCACACACAGCUGGAUCUGUCUCAAGCAUCCUCCCUUCCCCCACCCAUGCCCCCAGGAUAAAGGGCCUGACACAGCAGGUAAUUUAUAUAUAAUAUAUAUAUUUACUCUUUAAAAAUAAACCUUCGGUCCCCACUACCGCCUGUACAAACUACAAAAAUAAAC